AUGACCAAUGCGUUUCCAGGACAUAUCUGCCCCACGCCAUAUCAAAUUCUGGACCAUAAGCAAGGACAGCUUUACACCAAGGCUAGAUACUACCAACUUGUCAAGAUAUAUCACCCGGAUACUGGUCGAUGCACAAGCAAGGAUGAUUCUUACGGGGUGAGGCUGGAAAGAUAUCGGCUGGUGGUAGCGGCACAUACCAUCUUGUCGGACCCGGUCAAGCGAAAUGCCUACGAUAAACUGGGGGCCGGCUGGACUGGGAAAUCUAUGAGCGAGCAACAGAGCUGGGCUCAAUCCGCCACAUAUCCACCUCCGGGACCUUUCAAUCAGAAUUGGCACAACGCCGAUCCCAUCUGGCAGAACGCAACGUGGGAGGACUGGGAACGCUGGCAUGCCCGACGUGCGGGUCAAGAGCGCACAGAACCAGUCUUGAUGAAGAACGGCUACUUUGUGACAUGCGUCAUCAUCCUGGCGGCCUUUGGUGGAACGAUGAAUUACAGUCGAGCGCAGGACGCCGGGACAUAUUUCAUCGAGCAGAGAGAUUUGGUCCACGACCGUGCUUCCAAAGAACUUCGACGCGUGAGGCAAGACAAGUCGAGCGUCAAUUCACGACAGGACCGCAUCGAUUUGUUUGUGAGGCAGCGAGAGGCGACCAUGGGUCUCGCUGCAGUCGAUGUCGAAGCUGUGCGAGAGGAACAAGCAGCACGAGUCCUGCAAAAUCCAGAGGUUUGCCGCAGCGAAGAAGUCCGGGUGGAUGAUUGA